AUCACUCAGGCAGCAAUGAACCCUUGCCAGAUUUUUGCGUCGUUGGUGAUGUCUAUAUGCUGUCACAUACUGUCGACAACAGCAUGGUCCGUGAAUAACUUCCUGAUGACAGGACCAAAGGCUUAUCUCACAUACACCAGCAGUGUACAAGCUGGGGCUCAAAGUGGUAUAGAAGAGUGUAAGCAUCAGUUCGCUUGGGACAGGUGGAACUGCCCGGAAAGCGCACUGCAGUUAUCGACACAUAACGGCCUGCGGAGUGCCACCAAAGAGACCGCAUUUGUACAUGCUAUAAGUGCUGCUGGAGUUAUGUACACUUUGACGAAAAACUGUAGCAUGGGAGACUUCGAAAACUGUGGCUGUGACGACUCUAAGAUCGGAAAAAUUGGUGGUCGUGGAUGGGUUUGGGGAGGUUGCAGUGACAAUGUUAACUUUGGAGAAAGAAUUGCUAAACAAUUUGUAGACGCGCUGGAAAAUGGUCACGACUCUCGCGCCGCGGUCAACCUGCAUAACAAUGAAGCUGGUCGACUUGCUGUCAAAGCAACACUCAAAAGGACCUGUAAGUGUCAUGGUUUGUCUGGAAGCUGUAGUAUUCAGACAUGCUGGAUGCAGCUUGCUGAUUUCAGAGAUAUUGGCUCCUAUUUAAAAAUCAAACAUGAUCAAGCACGGAAGUUGGAGAUGGAUAAAAUUAGGAUGAGGGCAGGCAAUAGCGCGGACAACCGUGGCGCAAUAGCGGACACGUUCAGCGCCGUUGCGCGCACAGAACUCAUUUUUAUGGAAGAUUCACCUGAUUACUGCGUGAAAAACCUCAGUGUGGGACUACAUGGAACUGAAGGCAGGGAAUGUCUACAAAGCGGGAAGAAUCUUUCUCAAUGGGAGAGAAGAAGCUGCAGGCGGCUAUGCCACGAAUGUGGCCUGAAAGUGGAAGAGAGGAGGAUUGAGACUGUGAGCAGCUGUAACUGUAAAUUUCACUGGUGCUGCACAGUCAAAUGCGAAACAUGCACUCAAACCGUCACCAGGUAUUUUUGCGCAAAAAGGCACAGAAAUCGCAGGCCGCACAACCAUUCACGUAAAAGACAACACACGCGUCAUGGAUGA